AUGGUCAUCUCUGCUAUUCAUAUGAGGGGCCCUGACCCCAGUAUAGGCAAAACAAAAUCUUCCAGAAUAGAUUCCCCCCCGCUUAGUGAACCAUCAAGUGCCGUCAGCCUGUCGUUUCCUCGACGCUUAUACGGUACGGGUGGCGGCGAUGAGCAAUUGCCCGAAGAAUACCCGUACGAUGAAGACCCUGAUAUCUACAAGUUGUUUGUCCAGCCAAAGUAUAUCAAGGUAUCCCAUAAACUGAAACCCAAGACUUCAAUCCUCAAGCGUUUGUUCCUUGCUCAAGAGUUGGAUACCACCAAGCCAUCCCAAAGCUUACGGACCUCAAUAUCAAGUAGUACACCCAGUAGCGGUGGGGGAGUUUCCAGUUCGGGAUCGAAAUACAAAAGCGGUGGUAGUACUAGCACUGGCAGCAGCAGGAGCAGCCGGAGCAGCCUAAGUACUGCCAAUGCUGGUAAUCACAAUACUAACCCGUCAAAAGCUCACCGUAGGACCGGCUCGGGAUCAAGUGUCGAUGAUGGUGAUGCCUUAUGGUGUUUGAAGUUCUCUCCGGAUGGCAAAUAUUUAGCAGCCGCAGGUAAGGACCCUGUUAUCCGAAUCUAUAAGGUUAUUUCUUCUCCUUUAGAUCGGUUGAAAUAUGAACAUGAACAUGCCAAUGAUGAUUUGAAACAGCUGACUCCAACAAAGUCGAAGAGGAAUUCCAAUGAUGCUGCCAAUCUAACCAGCCCGAAAUUGGAAAGCCGUUUUUCUUCUAGUUCGAACGCCAGUAAUAACACUAAUAGCAAUAGUGCAAAUAAAAAACCAUCUUUCUGUACUGGCUCGAACUCGAAUUCUGGGUCGUUAUACGCUCCGUUGUUUCAUGAUGAGCCAUUCAAAGAAUUUGUCGGGCACUCUCACGAUAUUUUGUCACUAGAUUGGUCAAAAAACAAUUUUUUACUUUCGUCAUCGAUGGAUAGAACUGUGAGAUUGUGGCAUGUUGACAGGAAUGAAUGCUUACAGGUGUACGAGCACCUGGACUUUGUCACCUGUGCCAAGUUCCACCCUGCAGAUGAUCGCUUCUUUGUCAGUGGCUCUUUAGAUAAAAAAGUUCGCUUGUGGUCAAUUUUGGAUAAAAAUAUCAGUUAUCAAAGUGAGGUCAGCCAUAUGAUCACUGCUUGUGAAUUUUACCCAAAAGGAGAUUAUGUGAUUGUCGGAACAAUCAAUGGAAUGGUUUUUGCAUUUGAAACCAGGGGGUUGCUAUCGAAAUUUCUGUUUGAUUUGAAAAAGGGCUAUAUCUCUAAUUCCAGCAAUGCAAAAAUCUCAGGGUUGCAGUGUUUUGAAGAACCUUUGGAAGAUGGCAGUUCGGAAGUCAGAGCGUUGGUCACCACCAAUGAUUCAAGAGUGCGAUUGUACAGUUGUACGCAUAAGAAGCUACUAGUGAAGUUUAAAGGUUUACAAAAUAAAUCAUCACAAGCAACGGCGGUCAUAUCUAAUAAUCAUAAAAUUGUGCUUUCGGGAUCAGAAGAUCAAAUGAUUUAUUUGUGGGAUGUCAAUGAUCCCGAAGUUUUAGAGUCUGCAAAGAAAUCCAAAGGAAUUCACUUAUUCAAGAAUCAUAAAUCUACAUCUACACCAGUCAAACUUGGAGAUCCAGAUCUUCCGGAAAAUGUGAAAAACGACAAUUUUUACUCAUUCCAUGGUCACAGUUCAUGUGUUACUAGCGCAGUGUUUGUUCCAGAGAGAGCCAAAAAUUUGCUUUAUUUAUCCAAUGAUCCAAUUUAUGAUUUGAAUCGUACUUUCGAAGAAAUUUUGGCCUCAAGCUCUUCAAAAAGUUCUCCCAACAAAAACACGGAGACAUUAUUAAGAAGAGUCACUUCUGGAAAAUCACUUGAUAGCCAAGAUCCGUCUAAUUCCUCGGCUGAAUAUGUGGGGAAAAACCUUAAUUUCUUCAAUGAAACAUGUUCUAAGCGUGGUUCUGAUUUAAUCAGUCACUUGAAAAAUUCCAAUUUUGAUCCAGAUUCCAUAUUUACUUUGAUUGACCCUUUAAAAUUUCCAAUUAUUGUGUCUGGAGACAAGAAGGGGAAAAUUAGAGUGUUUAGGGUUGACUCAGCAUCAUCUAUUAGAAACCUUUUACAAGAGGAAUUAUGCCCUUCUAGAUGGAAAAAGUGCCACCGACAUCACCAUCACCAUGAACUUGGGAAACUCAAUCUAGAACCGUUCUUGAAAAAACUUGAAGGCUAUCAAAGCUAUCUUAUUAGUCAUAGGAUGACGAAUUUGAGUAUUGACGAGGAGGGCAAGGUUGGGAAAUGUGGCACUCGUUCCAAGUCCAGAAGAACUAAAUACCGGAGAUUGAAAAAACAGAAAAAGGUGUAUGAUGAUGGAUUGCCCAGCCCUACCAGUAGCAAUGAUCUUCGAGCUGAGAUAUCACAAGAUGCAAUGUUGCCUCACGAUAUAAUUGACGGCGGUGGAGAUAUUGAAGUACAGGUUGAGUUACCACACCGAUCGUUCUUGGGAUUGCGGAACCUCAGUAGAUCAAGCUUUGCUCAUCCAAAAUCCGUUGAUGAGACCAUUGGUAAUGACGCAUUGGAAGCUAACAAAAGUUUUGCCACGAUAAAAGGUCUUGCUGCUGAACAGCCCCAUGGCGGUGUCUAUCCAGACAUCAAGAAUGAUCGUUUCAUGCCGCCAUUGAAAAAGAAUGGCUCAUUGUACUCACUCAGCAAUGGGUCAAUCUCUUCAUUAUUGAGGGGCAGGUCAGGGUCAAAAGAUCGAUCUGAUGAGUCAAGCAAGCCGCGGCAGCAGGUUUGUGACGUGUGUGACGGUACAAAAAUAUCUUACCGAAAAGCCCAGUAUAAAGGUAGCAGUGAUGUGGUUAAAGUUUGUCAAGACUGCGGCAACCAGUUAACUAUGUGA